GCGAAAUGAACGAGGACAAUUUAACAACGAUAUCGAGAGGUCCUCAUAAAUUUGACACGGUGGAAAUUAUAAAUUGUUUGCUGCGCGGCUUGCGAUGUAAAAAGGAUGAGGAUCAAGAAGAGUACGUUGCUCGUCCAUCAGAAUAUAUGAAAUACAUGUUAAUGACAACGGACGAGAUGACGCAGUACAUUCUGAAAUGGAGGGCCAAGUUCAGUUUGCCAUUGUGUGUGAGAACGGAGGCUUUCAACUUCGAAAUCAGCCCUAGCAUUAUCGUAUUUCAACAAUUCACCUCUGGAAAUUGUUUGAAUGUGACGUUGACAAUUCGAAACGUGACUGGGGCGUCGAGAUACUUGAGAUGUUCUUCUGAACCUGAUCCUUUCUUCUCCGUGGAUUUCUGCGGAAGCAAUUUCUCGACGAUGCUUGCGCCAGGUCUUUCGAAUUCCUAUAAAGUGAAGUUCAUGCCCGAGAGGAAUCAGGACUACCAUUAUCAAUUGAAAUUCGCGACUGACCGCGGAGAUUUCAUAGUACCAGUCGUAGCAAUCAGUUCGAGAGGGAUUUUGGACUUUCCUGAUCGAAUCGAAGUACCAUCAACAGCCGUGAAAAUUCCUUCCUGUAAAACGAUAUUUGUACGUAACGUCGGAAGUGCCGUAGCUGUUUUCGUCCUUUACACCGACAACCCUCGCUUCUGGAUCGAGCCAUCGAAGGGUAGAAUAGAAGAAGAAGAAUCGCUUCAGUUCACUAUACACUUUCUGUCCAAUAAAUCUGGAGAUUUCGAAGGAAAUCUCUCCCUCGAAUACGAGACUGGAGAGAAAGUGCGAAUAGAUCUCUGGAGUUCCGCGGAAAAUUGUCCCAUUCGAAUCGACAGAGGUAGCGUCAGAAUGGAAGAAACUUUCUUAGGUCUAUCAAGAAGCAAAAUCCUCACGAUCCACAAUAGGAGCAAUUACAUCGUCAAGUAUAAGUGGAUGCAGCUUGAGAGCAUCGAAGCGGAUAACGAGCGUAAAGAACAUUACAAAAAGCUGUUCCAUUUGGUUUAUGAGAGCGAGCUUGAUCGUUGCGUGAACCUCGCUCAUUAUAACGUGUGCACUCCUGAUAUUCACCAAUUGGUUUAUCAACGUAUCUACACGGACGAACUUGAGUCACUGACGAAAGAAACUUUCCAGUAUAAUCAUGUUUGUUUUAAGUUUGCACAACAGGAAGCUGAAAUUUGGCCGCAAUCGUCUACCGAGGUUACAGUUUACUUUUAUGCGCUAGAAGUCGGUGAAGUGAACAGCACUGCCUACUUAGAAGUGACUGGCCGCGAAGAUAGGAUACCACUAAGAUAAUAGUGGUGAACAAAGGGCACAUUUGCGGUACGCUGAUCUACAGGACGAAACCGACGGACUUCGGCGGAACGAUCGACGUGACACCGCCUAGCCUUAAACUACAACCAGACGAGCAUAAAUCUUUCAAUUUGUCGUUUUCGUCGAAUCGCAAGGGCGAUUUCGUCGAGAGGGUCGAUUUCGUGGUGAAAGAAAGCCUUGAGGUGCUCAGCUUGCAUAUCAAGAUUUAGUACUAGGCAAGACGUGCAUUUGCACAACCUGGCUCUGAUACCUGUAUCUUUCACCAUAACCGUGUUAAAUGAUGGAGAUCAGACUCCAUUACAUCAUCAAGAUUUCGUGAAAGCUCCAACAAAGUCAAGUUUCCCGAGCAACCCGCAAGAAUUUCAGGUUGUCCCUAUGGAAGGGAUGGUGGAAGCUCAUGAUUCGCUCAAAAUCAAGACAGAUUUUAACGAUUUGCAGAUCAUUUACACUGCCAAUAUUGCACGUGUCGGUCAGACGGUUAUUCAAGUGGACAUGUGGGACUCUGAUUCGGAUCCUGUCACCUUGCCAGUAAUAUUCUGCGGUGCAGUGCCUUCGCUAUCGAUCGUUCCACGAGAGAUUACUCUUCGAUUUUGUUUCAUCAAUUUUCCUUAUUUCCGAUCCUUCGCUGUGGAGAAUAAUUCCGACUUGGAUGGCUACUUUUAUUUGAUGCCUCAACAAGUAUCGUUAAAAUCAGAACAACCAACGUCAGAAUUAAGUAUAGUUUCAGACGAUUCACCGGUGAUCUGUUCUCUUUGCAACAAUCAGGGAUACGUCAAUGCUCGUCAAUCGAAAACUAUCGAAGCCACUAUUAUUACGAAAGCCCUGGGACGUCAUAAAAUCACGUUGAAUAUGUUAAUCAUGGGAGAUUCAUCGCCAAUAUCAUCUUGCAUAACGAUAACAUGCAAUGGACAAGGGCCCGUGGUUUCUACACAGCCAAGUUUCUUGGACUUUGGCAUUAUGAAAGUUCUUGAAGAGAGAACUAAGGAAUUCCAACUGAUCAACGAUUCACACAUUCCUACUCAGUUCGUCGCGUCGUUGACAAACGAAGAUUCAGCAUGGAGUGUCAGUCCAGAGUCUGGUGACCUCGAACCCCAUGAAUCGAAAACCAUGACUGUCAAAGUCUGUCUUCUGGACGCUGGGAAAUACAAGAAUAAUGUCAUGCUGUCUAUAAUCAACAGUCGAACCAUUCUUGUAGAGUUAAAAGUAACCGGACAUGGAUGCAGUGUCCUUUUCGAACCACAGAUAUUCCCAACUUUCGAUUGGGGUCUACUUUUUAGCCAUCAACAAAUAGAUCGAACGAUAACUCUGACGAACGAAGGAUCUCGCGACUACCAAGUGAUCUGGACAACCGAACCAGAAGUACGAUUUCGACGUGGUCAGAUGUUAAUGCCGCACACAAACGAGUGUGUAGCGGAGAAAUGGUACAUUUUCGGUCAGGCACAAGGUGCAGGAAAACGGGAAUUGAUCGGCACGUCGUCUUUCACCGUCACUUUGACAGAACCGCAGAUUCUGUUUAGCAAAAGAAGGCUAACGUUUCGCGUGGACGUGUGUGCCGACGAAGACAAAUCGCAACAAACAGACGAAUUACUGGUGACUAAUCAAUCGAAGCUGGAUCUUAACGUUCAACUGUCAGUGAGACAACCAUUUCACUUGGUAACAGCUGCUGAAGAACACGUGCAAAGUAUGCAAAUUGUCCUGAUUGACGGAGCUACCACGACAAUUCGUGUUUUCUUUUUCUUCAGUAGCAAUAUUCAAGAUCGUUACUCAAACAGUUAUUCUGGUGUACUUCGACUUGAAUAUCAGGAACAUCCUAAUCAGGAUAAAAUCGCGUGCAAAGGUUACGUGAAUUUUCCAAACCUCAUCAUAGAGCCUAGGGAUUUUGUAAUUAACUGUGAGCUGGGUUCAAGCGCAGAGAAAAUAUUAACGCUAACCAAUAACGGACCUGUAUCGGUUGUGUAUAAAUUCCUGUGGCUCGCAGAUUCCAUUGAGAUACAACGUGAUACGGACAUCGAUCCCGAGUGCCCUGGAUGUUCAUCGCGGAAAGGAAAAUUAGAAGCGGAUGUACCCGAGAUUCACGAAGUUGCUGUCCCGAAUGAGACAGACGAAGAAAUUUACACAAGUGAUAAACAAAAAGACGAAAGCAGACCAUUGAACACGAUACCUCCUCCUACAAAUUGUAUUACUUGUUUCAAUUCAAUGUUUUCUCACAUGUUCCUGUAAUAAAAUUUAUUUUUUAAUUAUCGUGAUUUUGUUGCAGCCCCGGUUUCAGAGAAUCAGAACGUGGAAACUCCUGUCAUAGAACAAAGUUC